GCAAUUUUAUAACACUUGAUUGGCAAUCAUUCAACUAGUGACGGACAAUUAGCCCUUGUUACUGGGGACGUCACUUUUACCUAUCGCUCGGUAAUAGUCUUGUCUGGCCACGAUGGUGUAUUGGUGAUAUCAUCGCUACGCCAGUACGACGGGCCAAAACAUUAAACCACUGUAAUAGCGUAUGCUGGGCAUACUUAAGCAACGGCAACCCUCUCCUUUGUCACAGUCUUCGAUUUCUUUACUUCUGUACCUUAAAUUCUGUGAAUUAUCUCUAUUUUCAAUUUAAGCUUUCAAGACCAUCAAAAACAAUGGAAGCCGCAAAGAACGUCAUCAAGAACGCCAAGAGCGAAGUCUCUCAGUUCCAGGCCGGACAUGAGGUGCCCAUCCAGCACCAGCAGCUUCCGGGCCUGCAAUCCGAGAUCCAGGGCCCCAAGCCCACCUCAACGCACGUUCCGGGUGAAGAUGGCGGCUACGCCAAGUACAAGGCCGCUGGCAAGCUGCAGGGCAAGAAGGCUAUCAUCACUGGCGGAGACUCAGGCAUUGGCCGUGCGGUCGCGAUUUUGUUCGCCAUGGAGGGCGCUGAUAGCUUGAUUGCUUACUUGCCCGAAGAAGAGACCGAUGCACAGGAGACCCAAAAGCGGGUUGAGCAGCACGGUGGAAAAUGCUACCUUCUCUCCACGGACGUCAGACAGAAGGAGAACUGCAAGCACAUUGUCGAUGUGGCGCUUGAGAAGAUGGGUGGCAUUAACAUUGUCGUCAACAAUGCUGCGACCCAAACCAUGAUUCAAAAGAUUACUGAUCUCACCGAGGAUCAAUGGGUAGACACCUUCAACACAAACAUCCACCCUUAUUUCUAUCUCUCUAAGUACGCUAUCCCGCACCUGAAGGCCGGCGACACUAUUAUCAACAAUGCCUCUGUCAACGCGUACAUUGGUCGCCCCGACUUGCUCGACUACACUUCGACCAAGGGCGCCAUCAUCUCCUUCACUCGCGGCCUCUCAAACCAAUAUGUCGGACAGGGCAUUCGCGUCAAUGCCAUCUGCCCUGGACCUGUCUGGACUCCUCUGAUCCCGGCGACUAUGACCAAGGAGGCUCAGGACCAGUUCACUUCUCCCAUGGGCCGCCCUGGCCAGCCCAGUGAGAUUGCCACCUGCUUCGUGUUCCUUGCUAGCAGUGACAGCAGCAUGAUCUCGGGCCAGUCUCUGCACCCCAACGGCGGUGUCGUUGUCAACGGAUAAAUGUUCUGCGAGGAAUCAUAAAAAAGUAAUAAAGGCAUGGAUAGGGAUCAGGUUCAGUUUAUGACUAUUUACUUAAUGGUGUAACGAGCGCAUG